UAGAGUUCGAUCAGCGAUGGGAAGGUAAAAAUUUUCAAAGGAUCCAUCUGUUUAAAUGCUGUGUCAACAAAGUCAAAGAAAUGGAGGGAAACAUCUUGACUGGAGACAAAAGGAAGAUGACAGAUGCAGAAGCAGAACAACCACCUCUUAAAAGGCAAAUAUCUAAGUCAGGUUUGUACUGCUUCAAAAGUUUCCGAGCAGAGAGGAAGGGUGAAAGAGAUGACAUGCAAGAUGCAUGCACGCUACUUGAUGAUGUCACGGAAAGCUUCUCUGCGCUUCCAUCCACAGUGUCUAGAGUGGCCUACUUUGGGGUUUUUGACGGACACGGCGGAGCACGAGCAUCCCACUACGCCUCCGAGACGCUUCAUAAGAACCUCUUCAAGAGAUUUCCCAAGACGGAUACUGGACAUAACGACAAGGAGAUCAAAAGAUGUCUGAUCAACACUUUCAAACAGACGGAUGAGGAGUUUCUGAAGCAGGCAUCUGCCAAGAAACCAGUGUGGAAAGAUGGGUCCACGGCUGUCUGUGUCAUUGCCGUCAAUAACGUCUUGUACAUUGCCAACCUUGGCGACAGUAAGGCGAUGCUGUGCCGUUUUAACGAAGAGAGACAGAAGCUUUCCCUGAUCCCGCUGAGCCGAGAGCACAAUCCCACCAUGUACGAAGAGAGAAUGAGGAUACAGAAAGCUGGCGGCACUGUGAGAGAUGGAAGAGUUCAAGGCAUCUUGGAGGUGUCUCGAUCCAUCGGGGACGGACGGUUCAAGCACUGCGGCGUCUCCUGCCUCCCAGACAUCAAGAAAUGUCAGCUGACCGAUAACGAUCGUUACCUCCUUCUGGCUUGUGAUGGACUCUGGAAAGGGUUCAACCCUGAGGCAACGCUCGAAUUUGUUCAGAAAAUUGUUGAGGACAAAACCAUCAAGACAUCUCCAGGUAAAACGUUGGAAGAGACUCAAUUCGACACGGCCUGCAACAAGCUUGCGUCUGAGGCCAUCCGACGAGGUAGCUCUGACAAUGUCACGGUAGCAUUAAUAAGUAUUUCAAAGACGUAGCAUCUAGAAACAAGGCGCACGACACUUUGUUUCUGAAAAGAGUAUUAUCUCAAAAAGCUUCUUGUAAUCAAGACUAACUUUGAUGAAGCACUGUGUAGAAUCAUAUAUUUUUUCUAUUGAAUGCAUCAAGCCCUCUUCUGUUGGAAGUUCAUGCACAGACCAAACAUAAUCUCAGCCUUGUAAUCGAGACUAUCUGCGAUGAAACACUUUAACAAUUCAGAAAUAUGUGCCGUCCCUUGUUAGAGCUCAGGCACAGACCGAACACAAUCUCAGUCUUGCAAUCAAGACUAACUUUGAUGAAGCAUUUUGUAGAUUCAUUUAGUUUUUCUAUUGGAUGCAUUAGGCCCUCUUCUGUUGAAGUUCUUGCACAGACAGAACACAAUCUCAGUCUUGUAAUCAAGACCUACCUAUGAUGAAGCACUGUAUAAUAUAGUUUUGUAAAAGUUUUCAAGUUAAAGGCAGUGGACACUAUUGGUAAUUACUCAAAAUAAUUAUUUGCAUAAAACCGUUCUUGGUAACGAGUA